GACGACGAUGAAGACGAUGAAGACGCGCGCGCCCGCGCUCGGGGCGACGACGCGAGGAGGACGCCGAAGCGCGGCGUCGAAGACGAUGCGGUCGACAUCGCGAGGAUCCGAAGCGUCGCGACGACGCGCGAUCGCGAACGACGCGGCGCUGGACGCGACGUCGGCGGUGAACGCGCGCGAGGCGUUGAAAGCGUUUCCGAGAGUUGAAUCGUUCGCGCACGGACCGACGCCGUUGGAGUACUUGCCGCGAUUGAGCGAGAAGUUGAACGGCGUGCGAGUGUACGCGAAGCGGGACGACGCGUACGGCGUGCUGACGGGAGGGAAUAAGACGCGAAAGCUGGAGUAUCUCAUGGCCGAAGCCCUCGCCGUGGGGGCGACGAUGGUGAUGACGCAAGGGGCGACGCAAUCGAAUCACGCGCGGCAAACCGCGGCGGCGUGUGCGAAAUUGGGAUUGAAGUGUCACGUCUUGCUCGAGGAUCGGACGGGACGCGAGGACGAAAACUACACGCGAAACGGGAACGUUUUGUUGGAUGAUUUGUUCGGUGCGACGCGAGAAUACCGUCCGGGUGACCAGGGGUUAAACAUGAACGAAGAGCUUGAGCGCGUGGCGGACGAGUUUCGCGCGAAAGGCGAGAAAGUGUACACCAUCGUAGGCGGCGGGUCGUGCCCGCGAGGCGCUUUGGGAUACGUGCGCGCGGCGCACGAGCUCUUGGAUCAAGCGCGCGAGAUGGAUAUCGAGUUCGAUCAUCUCGUGCACGCCACCGGUAGCGCGGGUACGCAGGCGGGACUCGCCGUCGGCUUACACUCCGUCGAUUCUUCCCUUCCCUUGCUCGGGUUCGGCGUCCGCGCGCCGCAACCGACGCAAGAAGCCAACGUGCACGCGCUCGCCCUCGCGACGUGCGCCGAGCUCGGCAUCCGUCCGAUCGAGCGUUCCAAGAUCGUCGCCGACACCAAUUACGUCGGCGACGGCUACGGCAUCCCGACCUCGCAAACCAUCGACGCCAUCAGGCUCUUCGCGUCGACGGAGGGCGUCCUCCUCGAUCCCGUCUACAGCGGCAAAGCCGGCGCCGGUUUGAUUGACUAUUGCGCGCGCGGCGUCUUCAAACCGGGCGAUCGAGUCUGUUUCUUGCACACCGGCGGCGCCACCUCUUUACACGGCUACCUCGACUCUUUCUCGUCUUGAUCUUGUUGUAAUCGACGUCCCGCUUUCGCCUUCCGUCGCGCGCGUCGGCGCCAGCGCUGGCAGAGGGCACCGCGCGCGCCGCUGAUGCAUCACAUCGCGACGCACCGUCACGAUUCCGUUCCGUGAAUCGCGCGACGCGCGCGCACAGACGAAAACGAUCAAACGAUCGACGAUCGACGCCCGCGACGACGCGCCCGAGGAGACGUUUUACGACGCGCACGAAAAGAUGAGCCUCGAGCAACCGUCCGUGGAAAAGAUUAAAAAGAUGCCCAAGCCGAAAACGGUCGCCCCGGUGGUCGAAAAGGGCGAAACGACGACCGCGACGAACGAAUUGAAGCAGUUGGCGUUCGUGGUGAACG